AUGGUACCGCACUGGUGGCGCUGCGAGGAAGAGAAAAUUAAUGAAAUGCUCAGCAUGGAAUUACAAACAUCCGAAGUUAAUCAUGACACGAAUUCAUUACCGCUAGUUUUAUCACAUCAGAGUAAUAUCGGAUCCAGUCGAGGCCAUCAUUUAAGUACACAUAAUAUACAACAUUUGCAUCAUCAAACAACAUUACAUUCAAUAUCAAAUAGUACAGCCGCAUUUCAUUUAAAUUCUGCUCCAGUUGAAGCUUUAAUGACUAAAACAGGGCAAAAUGCUACACAUAUAGGUUUUUGGCAACCGCAGCAUCAGCACGAGAUUCCAUAUUCGCUGACUACGCAAAAUAAUAACGAUAAAAUAAAAGAAGAUAACCAAAGCACUCAAGAAAGCUUAGCUGGCGAUGGUCACGGCGGUGUCAAUCAGCUGGGAGGUGUUUUUGUUAAUGGUCGCCCCCUUCCUGAUGUUGUAAGACAACGUAUUGUUGAGUUAGCGCAUAAUGGUGUUCGACCAUGUGACAUAUCACGUCAACUACGCGUCAGUCAUGGCUGUGUAUCUAAGAUAUUGUCAAGGUAUUAUGAAACUGGAAGCUUUAAAGCAGGAGUUAUAGGAGGCUCCAAACCGAAGGUUGCUACUCCACCUGUAGUUGAUGCGAUAGCAAAUUACAAGCGUGAGAAUCCGACAAUGUUUGCAUGGGAAAUACGUGAUAGACUAUUAGCGGAAGGAAUAUGUUCCCAGGAUAAUGUACCCAGCGUAUCUUCAAUUAACAGAAUCGUUAGAAACAAGGCCGCGGAAAAGGCCAAACAUGUACAUCAUCAACAUCCACAACAAAGCAAUAGUUGUUCUACUGGUAACAACGGCAGCUCAAAUCUCAACGCUGCAGACAGUGUUGAAAGUAACGGCAUUGAUUUGCAUCAGCAACCAAAUAAUGCCAACAACUUAAGUAAUAAUACAACAUCAGUUAUAGCACAUACGCCUGCUACUGAUGUAAUAGGAAGAGUGCAUAUACAACAACCAGAACAGAGUAUUCUCAAUACAGCAGUGUCGAGCACAACUAUUCCCCGUUGUGUCAAUAGUAGCCAAAAUAGCGGAGAAAACCGAUCGACCGGAUAUAGCAUAAAUGGAAUCCUAGGCAUACAACAUGCUACAGAUGCAAAUGAAAAUAAUUUUAAAAGAAAACGGAUCGAUGAUCAUGGUGAGUUUUAA